GGCGGAUCUGGCGGCACGGGGUCGACGCUCAUGUACAGCACGCCUCUCUACAAGACGAAGGACCUUACGGGCAAGGUUGGUCAGCACUACCUCACUGCGGUAGCCUUGUGGAACGACAUGGUGAUGCUCUCCUGCAGCCUCAACUUCCCCAAUGGGAUUGUUACCGUCUCAG